CUACAGCCCAUGUUCAAACGGUCCAUCACCAAUAGGGUCUUGCCAGAUACUGCUUUUGAGUCCACCAUUGCUACGUUUGGCGCGACCACCGAAUUCGGUGACCUAACUUGGUAUCCUUCACAAGCUAGGGUGGUAUAUAGAGACGAUAUCCGUGUUCCCAUAAGCACGGAUGGAAAUGGCGAGAAUGAUUUCACAGGGUUCAGAUCACAGCUAUCACUGCUCAUCCUGGCCACUCGCGGAAUAGAAGUAGCAUUUGAGGCAACCGAAAAUUCUGACGGUAAAUGCGUGCAGUCCAGCGUCCAAGUUACGACGUUACUUGAGACAGGCAUGGGCCUGAAGAACGACCCCGAAAGCAUUUUGGAAUUCACAGGUUAUCCAGUGAUAGGAAAUCAUAGCAAGGUGCAAGCUGCAGGGUCAUGUCUUAACGGUAAUGAUGAUGGGUUGUUCACAGCUUGUGGGUGGGACCCAAGAAUCCAAGGGCUCUUCUUUUAUCAAAUGGCCUUUAGUAUACCCUUAACCAAUGUGACUAACUUCUUCACUGAUGUGAAGGAACUAAGAGACAUGUACCCUACAGCUCUCUGUGGCACUGAAUUGUACAGUGGAUUCUUGAUGAGAUUCGUCCGAAACUCAACGGCCUAUCUUGGGAAGGUUGAUGACUCUCUUGAUAUUGACAUAACCUAUUACAGAUCUCACACUCCUGCCACUCCUCGGCUUAAUGAAGAUGUCUUGGAAGAGAUUGAGCAAAUGGCAUUGUUCAAAUACAAUGGAUUGCCUCAUUGGGGGAAGAACAGAAACAUUGGGUUUCUAGGAGCAAGAGCUAAGUAUGGGUCUAAAGGAGACAUGUUUGUGGCUGCAAUGGCCAAGUAUGAUCCUGAUGGGUUGUUUUCUUCCGAAUGGACGGAUGGGAUCUUGGGUUUACGUGGGGCUACGGUGGUGAUUGAAAGUAAGGGUUGUGCACUUGAUGGAUUGUGUGUAUGCUCCCUUGAUGAACAUUGUGCCCCAGAUGAAGGAUACUAUUGCCGCCCGGGUGUUGUCUAUACAGAAGCUCGAGUGUGUCGGAGGAUCAAUGUUUCUUAAGAUAUCAACCAAAGAAAUAAGUGGAAAGAUCAUGUAUGCUGAUGGACUCACAUGACAUCAUUUGUUAGCCAUAACGCAUAGCUUAAAAGAAUAAUCUUGUUUUAAAUAUGAUUUAUGUUUAUCA